AUGGCGAGUGGCGAUAGAAACCGGCCGUUGCCACCCAAGCGGGGGAGGGUUCAAUCUCGGUUCGUGCCGUUGCCGGCGCGGAGGCAGCCGGCCCCACGCCACCUGCCGCGCGCUGGCUUACCCCACGAGCUGGAUGAGGACAGCGCUCUACUGAGAGCGGAACGCAACUUUUACCCUGAGGGCGAGGGUGAGGGGAGCUGCAGUGAGUUUCCACCGCUGAUGCUUAACAAGUCAUGGACGAGGGGCGUGCCAUAUAGGGACUCGCUCGAUCACGCCAGACCCUCGGAUUCAAUAGGCAAUUGCUACGCGCCAGCAACUAAGACAAUGCGCCUCGUAAACAUGCCACCCAAGAAGCGUCCGCCCCCCAAAUUGUAUGGACCUCUUGGGCCGAACGGCGAGCUGCAGUUCCCACCUCUUAAGCCUUGGGCUGAGAGGGAGAAAGAAAGAUUGGCAGCGAUAAAGAAGGAGCAGGACAAGAAGAAAUUGCCCAAGGGACUUGUACUCUUAGAGGACCUGGUAUCGGGAGCAUACGAAAGAAGGAAGGCAGCGGCAGCGGAAGCGAAGAAGAGACGAAUGGAAAAGAAGCAGCAAGAAAAACAGGCUGCGGAAUUAGCAGCACAGGAGGCGUUGAAGAAGCACUUAGCCAGAUUAUCGUUCGAAACUCCGCGGAGUCCUGACGAGCAGAAAGCGGAGAUGUUGAAGAUCACCGAGGAGGAGCAUUACAGAUAUAUUCAUCCCAAGGACUUGGAGAGGAUACAGUACUACAUGACCACCUCGCUUACCGAUAAGCACAUACCGGAGUUCCCGCUAGCGCUGUACAAACGGGCCAAAGCGCAGGUGGACAAGCAGACGGAGGCAAUAAAGAGGAAUCUUAUGGUCCUCAUCUAUCAGGCGUGCGUCAGGCAGUGCGAGAAUGAAAUCCGGGAAUCAUUUGUAUCGGCGAUGAAAAGGUGUGUCCUGACGUACGUUCUGGAGGAUCCGAGCGAGAGGGCGCGUCUCUCCAUCUCGCACGUUCCGCCGCCGUGGCCGGCGCUGGUGGUGCGCGCGCCGGCGCCGUGGAGGGGCGGCGCGGUGAGGGCCCGUCACGCGCUCCACUACCGCCUCGCGCACGGGAACCCAGUGCUGGUCGAGCUGCGCCGCCUGUGGCACGAACGAUACCAGAGCAUGUAUAUCUGCGACAUGGAGAAGAUGCAGGAGGGGCUGCCGUUCCCGCAGUACCCCUCGGACUUCACGGAGCGCCUUCAGAAGCUGUGCGCCGCCACCAAGGCCGAGCUGACGGAGAACUGGCUGAUCGACGUCGCGGACACGAUGGUGAAGAUGAGGGAGCACUGGUCGGUCUACGUCGCGAAGCAGAGGAACUCGUCCACCUUUCAAGUGGAGAAGUUUUUCAGGUUCAGUGUCGAGGAAGGUAACGACUACGGAGAGGAGUACCAGGACUACAUGUUUAUCAAGAACCCGCUGCUGCGCAUAAAGGUGAUCGCAACCCCUGGCACCACCAGCAUCACCUUCGAGCCGAGCUUCGAUCAGAUGAGGGUGCUCAUCAUCAAGUGGUUCCAUACGAUCAUCAAUGUGAACAGCCAACUGCCGAGCGUAGACAGCAUAAUGUACCCAAACGUUACUCGUCCAAGACCCCACUUGUUGCCCGUGCACCCCGACGAGCCGUACAUGGUCGACAUCAUCGACCGAACCGUCGAGCAUUUCAAAGUGAACCGCCCCGGGCCCCUCAGCUUCCUCAACCGCUAUAAGGAGUAUUACCACUUGCUGGACGGCACCGCCCACCAGAUGCUGUUGCAGUUCUUCGCUCAAGAACCACCGCCGUUUCUUAAGGACUUCUCGGCUCGCAUCCACGAGUACGAGGCGCUUCGCGACGAGGUGUUGUUCCUGCGGCGGGACAUCCCCCUGAACAUGGUGAUGCUGGACUGCGGCCCCAUCAACGACACCCUGUGGGGCGUCGUGGACGGUCUGCGCCAGUACAUCGUGGACCACUUCAUCACCGAGAACCGGAAGUGGAACAGAUCCAUCUGCAACGUGUACGAGGACAUGGCCGCGCGCGCCUCCGAGAGCCCGGAGAGCACGGCGCAGCUGGUGGCCUUGCUCGCGUACGUGCUGGACUGCCGCGACUGCGCGCUCUUCGACCUUCGCGAGAGGGCGCGCACCGCCGCCGAGUACCUGCUCUUCCUCAUGCAGCACGCCCAUCUCCCCUUUGAAGACAUUAAUCUCAACACACGCGUGUUCCUCUGGCCUCUGGACAUGGAGGAGACCCUCGAUUUAACAAUAAAGACACUAAACACCAAGAAGACAAUGGCAGAGGAUAAGCUGAGAAGCAAAAAGGCCAUCUUCGAGGAUAAAUUGAAACGGCACGAAAAGGAGUUGGAACUGUUCAGGAGAUUCGAUCCGCCCCUUUUGAACCUGGACCUGUUGAAAGAGGUGGUCGCGAAGGUUGAUGAGAUCUUCAAAAACUUGAUGGACGACAAGCGUGAGGCGGAUGAUAUUAUUAACGAGGAGACGUUACUAGAUCAAGAGGUGUCGGCCUAUUACAGUCUGCAAACGAUGCUGACUGGCAUCGAACCCUUCCACAAACUUUGGCACACGGCCUACGACUUCUACGAUGGAUACGAGAAAUGGUAUCACGGUCCGUUCCUCGGGCUGGACGCCGAGCAGAUAUCGACGGACGUGGAGGCGUGGUGGAAGCUGCUGUACAAGCUGGGCAAGCAGCUGUUCGAGUACCCUGGGGCCAAGAGGAUCGCCGACAUGGUGCGCAACAAGGUGGAGAAGUUCAAGGUGCUGCUGCCGGUGCUGUGCGCCAUCUGCAACAGGGGCAUGCGCGAUAGGCACUGGGCGCAAAUAAGCGGUCUGGUCGGCGCCGAAGUGGUGCACGCCCCUGGCACCACUCUCGCCGACAUGGUCGAGCAGGGGGUGCACGUGUUCGCCCCCCAGCUGGAGGAGAUCGAGCAGCACGCCGCCAAGGAGCACUCGCUGGAGAUGGCGCUCGUCAAGAUGAAGGAGGAGUGGGUCGGGGUCAAGUUCGAGGUCAUGCCGUACAGGGAUACCGGCGUGGGUGUACUGACCGGCCUCGACGACAUCCAGCAACUGCUGGACGACCACAUCCUGAAGUCGCAGACAAUGCGCGGAUCUCCCUACGUCAAGGCCUUCGAAGCCGACAUGGCCGCGUGGGAGGAGAAGUUGAUCAGCAUGCAAGACAUAUUGGACCAGUGGCUGCAGUGCCAAGCCACCUGGAUGUAUUUGGAGCCAAUCUUCUCCUCCGAGGACAUCAUGAGGCAGAUGCCCACCGAGGCGCGCAACUUCCGCGACGUGGACAAGGAAUGGCGCGUCAUCAUGCAAGCCACCCAGAAGCAGCCGCUGGUGCUCACCGCGACCGACUUCCCCUCGCUUUUGAAGAAGUUGAAGUACAACAACGUCCUGUUGGAUGAUAUACAGAGGGGAUUGAACGAUUAUUUGGAGAAGAAGAGACUAUUCUUCCCAAGAUUCUUCUUCUUAUCCAACGAUGAGUUGCUGGAGAUUCUGUCCGAGACGAAGGAUCCGAUGAGAGUUCAACCCCAUCUCAAGAAAUGCUUCGAGGGCAUUUACACGCUUGAAUUCAAUGCGGCCGACGAAAUCGUCGGCAUGGCGUCGUCUGAGGGCGAGGUUGUGAAGUUGUCCUCCACUAUACAGCCAGCUGAUGCCAAGGGUAUGGUGGAGCGUUGGCUGCAGCAGCUGGAGCAGCAGAUGAUGGUGAGCCUGCGGGACGUCGCUGCCGAGGCGGUGGCCGCUUAUGCGGGCGUGCCGCGCGAGGAGUGGGUCCUCAGUUGGCCCGGACAGAUCGUGCAGGCCGGCUCUUGCGUGCAAUACACCGUGGAGGUCAUAGAAGCGAUACAGUCAUCAAGCCUGCCGCAGCUUAUAGACCGCUGUACUCAGCAAAUAAACGGACUGGUGUACCUCGUGCAAGGCGAUCUGGAUCCCGGGAACCGCAUCACGGUCGAGGCACUCAUUGUCAUCGAUGUGCAUGGACGUUCGAUCCUCGAGGAGAUGGUGCAGAAGGGGGUGGCCGACAUCACCGACUUCAACUGGAUCUCGCAGCUGCGCUACUACUGGCGCGGCGAGCGGAUGCUCUGCUGCAUGAUCACCACCGACGUGGAGUACGGCUUCGAGUACUUGGGCAACACGGGCCGGCUCGUCGCCACGCCGCUCACCGACCGCUGCUACAGGACGCUUAUGAGCGCCCUGAAGCUGAACCUGGGCGGGGCGCCCGAGGGUCCAGCCGGCACCGGCAAGACGGAGACCACCAAAGACCUGGCCAAGGCCGUGGCCAAGAAGUGCGUCGUCUUCAACUGCUCCGACGGGCUCGAUUACAAGGCGCUGGGCAAGUUCUUUAAGGGCUUGGCCCAAUCGGGCGCUUGGGCGUGCUUCGACGAAUUCAACCGGAUAGAGCUGGAGGUGCUGUCUGUGGUCGCGCAGCAGAUCCUCUCCAUCCAGCUUGCGAUCCUGCGGAGGGAGAAGCGUUUCGUCUUCGAGGGCACGGAGAUCAGCCUUAACCCGACCUGCUCCGUUUUCAUCACCAUGAAUCCGGGAUACGCCGGUCGCACGGAACUGCCGGACAAUCUGAAGGUGCUGUUCAGGACGGUCGCCAUGAUGGUUCCCGACUACGCGAUGAUCGGCGAGAUCACGCUCUACUCCAACGGAUUCGUGAACGCUGGACCGUUAGCGCGCAAGAUCGUGCAAGCGUACAAACUAUGCUCGGAGCAGCUGUCUUCCCAGAACCACUACGACUACGGCAUGCGAGCGGUCAAGUCCGUUCUUCUGGCGUCUGGUGCCCUCAAGAAGAACUAUCCAGAACGUGAUGAAGCCCAGCUGGUGCUCCGUGCCAUCAUCGACGUCAACAUGCCCAAGUUCCUCUCUCAAGACGUGCCUCUGUUCACCGGGAUCUAUUCGGACCUGUUCCCGGGCGUGGAGAUCCCGCAGCCCGACCGCGCGGAACUCCUCGGCUGCAUCAACAAGGAGCUGGACAAGCGCAACCUGCAGGCCACCGAUUGGUACCUCGAGAAGAUCAUUCAGAUAUACGAGAUGAUGCUCGUGCGGCACGGCUUCAUGAUAGUGGGCCCCCCGAUGGGCGGGAAGACGCAGGCGUACCAGACGCUGGCGGAGUCGCUGCGCGCGCUGCAGCUGAUGAAGCCGCCGCCACGGCACAAGGAGUUCGGCGCCAUCUACCGCAUCCUCAACCCGAAGGCGAUCACCAUGGGCCAGCUCUACGGCUGCUUCGACCCCGCCUCGCACGAAUGGUCAGACGGCGUACUAGCGAUAGCGUUCCGCGAGUACGCGAUGUCGAUGACUCGCGACCGAAAGUGGAUACUCUUCGACGGGCCGGUCGACGCCGUCUGGAUAGAGAACAUGAACACAGUCCUCGACGACAACAAGAAGCUCUGCCUAAUGAGCGGCGAGAUCAUACAGAUGACGAACAAGAUGAAUCUGAUCUUUGAGGCUGCGGACUUGGAGUUUGCGUCACCCGCCACGGUGUCCCGCUGCGGCAUGAUCUACAUGGAGCCCGAACAGCUAGGCUGGCGUGCCUUCUUGGCUUCGUAUAACACACACUUGAGCAAGAAACUGAUCCCAGAACAGUUCGACCUCAUCCAAGAGUUGAUCGACUGGCUCGUGCCGCCCAUCUUCGAGUUCCUAACGCAGCGCUGUAACCAGUUUGUCAAAGUGGGGGAGAUUCAUCAGUUUUAUACUCAAGACAUAAUAAUGUCGAAAGUGGAUCGGAGGCGCAAAGGAGUAUUUGGGCCCUCAAUGGGCAAAAAGUGUGUUUUAUUCGUGGAUGACUUGAGCAUGCCACAGAAGGAACAGUAUGGCGCACAGCCGCCUCUGGAAUUGCUGAGGCAGUGGAUCGACCACGCGAUGCUGCCGCCUGGCGGUGGCUCCAAUCUGAUAACAGCGCGGCUCACGCGCCACAUGCUGCUGGUGACCCUGGACUCCUUCGAAGACAACACGCUGAACAAGAUCUUCUGCACCAUCAUGGACUGGCAUUUGAGCAAAGGUUUCGCGGAUUCCCUGGUUCGUCAGGGCAAGGCCGUUGUCUCAGCCACCAUGGAGGUGUACAAAGCGGUGACCGUUCAAUUCCUGCCGACCCCCAGCAAGUGUCACUAUCUCUUUAACCUCCGCGACUUCGCAAGGGUGAUCCGGGGCGUACUCUUGGUGCCCUCCACGCAUUUGAAGGAGCUGCCCAAACUUGUGCUGCUCUGGAUACACGAGAUCUAUCGCGUCUUCUACGACCGCCUAACGGACGAUACCGACAGGGGGCGUUUGUACCAGAUAGUUUACAAGUCCGUGUACAGCAACUACCGUGUGCAUAUGGACCAAGUGCUGACAGAGCUUGGCUACGUUCCUGAGGGGGAGAAAUGCGGGGACAGACACGUGAACAACAUAUUCUUUGGCAACUACAUGGAGCCCGACGCCGAUCCGAAGAUUUACGACCAGGUCAUGGACCUAGAUGACAUGGCGGUGAAAAUGGAGUACUACCUUGAAGAGUAUAACGUCGUUUCUUCAUCACCGAUGUCGCUGGUGAUGUUCCGCUAUGCGCUCGAGCACAUCUCCAGGUGCACCAGGGUGCUGCUGCAGGACAAUGGCAACUUACUGCUUGUCGGUGUGGGCGGUAGCGGUAGAAGCAGCGCCGUGAAACUUGCCGCCAGCAUAUUGGAGAUGAACGUUUUUCAGAUCGAAAUAUCCCGGGUGUACGGGCAGACGGAGUGGCGUGACGACAUACGCAGGAUGCUCAUGAAGGCCGGCAUCAUCGGCAAGCCGCUGGUGUUCCUGUUCGCCGACAAUCAGGCAAGUAUGGUCGAAGACAUAAAUAUGUUGCUGAACACCGGCGACAUACCCAAUCUCUACAACAUGGACGAUAAGGUCGAGAUCCUGGACAAGAUGCAGGCGGCCGUCAGGGAUACUGGCAGAAAAAUCGAGACCACACCACUCGCCAUGUUCGGGUUCUACGUGGAGCGCGUUAAGGCGAACCAGCGCAUAGUGCUGGCCAUGUCGCCCAUCGGCGACUCGUUCAGGAACCGCCUGAGGAUGUUCCCGUCCCUUAUCAACUGCUGCACCAUCGACUGGUUCACCGCGUGGCCGCCCGAGGCCCUGGAGCGGGUGGCGUCCAUGUUCGUGAGCCGCAUGAGCGACGUGGGCAAGCAGCUGCGAGACGCGUGCGUCUCCAUCUGCCAGCUGUUCCACAUGAGCGUCGUACAGCUCAGCGACAGGUUUUACACGGAGCAACGUAGAAAGGUCUACGUCACACCAACGAGUUACCUGGAGCUUAUUAAGGCCUUCCAGAAUCUUUACGCCUUAAAAGUAGAUCAAAUAACUAAAUCCAGGAUUCGGUACGAAAUGGGCCUCGAGCAGUUGGAGUUCGCCUCUGGGCAGGUGGCGGUGAUGCAGCAGCAGCUGAUAGACCUGCAGCCGCAGCUGGUGGACACCUCAGACCGGACCGAGAAGCUCAUGAUCAAGAUUGAACAGGACACGGUUGUCGUGGAAAAGCAGAAGGAGAUAGUGGGGGCAGACGAGGCGCUGGCGAACGAGGCGGCCGCGGCCGCCCAGGCCAUUAAGGACGACUGCGAGUCAGACCUCGCCGAGGCGGUUCCAGCACUGGAGGCGGCCCUGUCGGCCCUGAACACCCUCAAGCCGGCGGACAUCACCCUGGUCAAGGCGAUGAAGAACCCCCCGCAGGAGUCAAGCUGGUCAUGGAGGCGGUCUGCGUCA